CUCGAUUAUUAUGUAGUCCAUUGGACUAAAUAAGUUAUGAAGCGUUUGAUCAGACUUCUUCCUUUCCCAACUUCGAUAAGUUAGUGACAACUAAAAAUGGAUGAAGUAAACCCUCAUAUUCUUUAUUUACCUCCUGAUAAUGUCACCAAUUUUUGGUUUUAUGCUGUCCUGGCAGCAAUGAUAAUUUUUUCAUAUUUUGUCGUAAGGGGGAUAAGGGAAAUUUAUUCUGAAACAAUAACGGCAAAUUUGUAUCGUGUCAACCUAUCUCACAAGCCAAAAGGUUAUGGUUCUGAUGAAAAUGGGACGAGAACUGGCCCACACUCUUGAUAAAAUACCUUCUGUUAACUGUUUUGAUCGAUUUGUUUUUUGUUAUCUCUUACAAUUAUGUAAACCAGAAGUCUGUUUGCAAUGUUACGUCUCGCCAUUUGGGUUUUGAUUUAUUUGUAAGAAGACUGAUAUUUUCCAACUACUUCCAAAGAUUAUGUGCAGUGUUAGAAUAAACAUGUAACCAUUGUUACUGAAGCCACGGUAUCCAAUACAUAUAUUUCAAUG